ACAGACGCCUAUGUUAGGAUCUCUGAAAAAGCAGACUCUUUUAUUUUAGUUGAAAAAAAAAAUUAAAGCUGUUUUACGGCUGGUUAGCAGAUACGACCCCCCAGUUCGGAAACGCCACUGAACAGCCUAGCAGUAAACCCUUUGUGCGCCGCCAUUGGCAUUCACGCGUGAUACCGAAGUGCCGUUAGUUGUCGCGAGAGGAGAGUUCAGCACAGAAGACGGAAGAAAGAAACAGGACGAAGAUGUUGACCAGUCCAUUUGUCCUCGUUUGGUGCCUCACCGCGGUGACGUCAUCCUUUCUGCCUUUGAGUAAGUCUUCAUCUAACAAUAGUUAUACUUUUAUCUUGACACAUCUUAUCUAGAAAUAUUUUUACAUUUAUGUUAAAACAUCUUAUCUAGCAAUAUUUUUACAUUUAUGUUGACACAUCUUUCAAGUGAAUCACUAUGGACAACGUGAGUUUCUAAAAAUAAAUUUAAAAAACAAAAUUUGAUUUAGAUUGUUUCCGAUUUUCUUAAAAUAGGUACACAUGCAACCAGUAUGAGGCUUGUAUGGGCAGCUGCACCCCUUGAUUCAUUCAUUCAUUGUCUAUCCUAGUUGCCAACACUGUCCUGGGGCCUAUCUGUAUGUCCUGGGGCCUAUCUGUAUGUCCUGGGGCCUAUCUGUAUGUCCUGGGGCCUAUCUGUAUGUCCUGGGGCCUAUCUGUAUGUCCUGGGGCCUAUCUGUAUGUCCUGGGGCCUAUCUGUACGCACAUAAACAAAAUAUAAUUAUUUAAAAAUAUGUUUCGAUAUUAUAUAUUAUCUAUGCUACGGCCUUCCCCAUUUUGAUGUCAAUUCCAGGCAUACCCCCCGAAUCUGAAUUAUUUUAAUGAACAUUUUGUUCAAUGUUCAGUCGUCAUCGCAUUACGUGAAACGAUUCAACAUAUAAAAAAAUAUUUUAAAAUAUGCAUAUUUUUAAUUCUCGCUACAAGAGGAACUUCUGGCAGGAUGACCUUGACUUCUUGUUAACCUUGGCCUUCCGUAAAGUUACCUUGGUAAAUUAGGGCGAUCAAAAUUGUUUAUGUUUUAAAAUUGUGUAGUCUUAACCCCAGUUGCUUUGUUUCACUACACACGGAAACAGUUCCUGCAAAUAUAUUGUGAAAUUGAAUCAUACAUAAAGGAGAUAACUGUGGAUUAUCAUCGUCAAAAUCCCACGAUGGGAGAACAAUGGUGACAGGGGAGAUAACUGUGGGUCAGUACAAACAUAGCCAUUCCUAAGUUAGCUGUGAACAAGCACAAACAUAGCCAUUCCUAAGUUAGCUGUGAAUAAGUACAAACAUAGCCAUUCCUAAGUUAGCUGUGAAUAAGUACAAACAUAGCCAUUCCUAAGUUAGCUGUGAAUAAGUACAAACAUAGCCAUUCCUACGUUAGCUGUGAACAAGUAAAAACGUAGCCAUUCCUAAGUUAGCUGUGAACAAGUACAAACAUAGCCAUUCCCAUGUUAGCUGUGAACAAGUACAAACAUAGCCAUUCCUAAGUAAGCUGUGAACAAGUACAAAAAUAGCCAUUCUCAUGUUAGCUGUGAACAAGCACAAACAUAGCCAUUCCUAAGUUAGCUGUGGGUCAGUACAAACAUAGCCAUUCCUAAGUUAGCUGUGAACAAGUACAAACAUAGCCACUCCUUAGUUAGCUGUGGGUCAGUACAAACAUAGCCAUUCCUAAGUUAGCUGUGGGUCAGUACAAACAUAGCCAUUCCUAAGUUAGCUGUGACAUUGGACGUGACCUCAGGGCCGGCCCUAUACACUGUUGCUGGUGCCCCACGGAAGCCUAUCUAUUGCACCUGCUUUAAGUCUAAUCAUAAAUGUAUCCCGUGGCAAAGGCAGUAGAACUUAACACCCCUAAAAUGAAAGCGACUGCCUUUGUCAGCAACGACUGUUCUCACAACCUCCUGUGCACGAACAUACAAUUUAUGUAGUAUGACAUACAAACGUUUGGCAACAAAAUUAUUUUUUUCUUCCAUGGCGCCAACGUGCAUUUUGUUUUCGUAUUUUUCAAGAUCGCUGUGGGCGCCUGUAUGCACGAGGCACCCCAGGCAACUGCCAGAGUUGCUGGUGCAAACAUGCCUGAUUAGACAUCAGGUUGUAAAAAUCAGUCAGUUUAAGAUUAUUCUACACCCGCUUAUUCAAUGAGUCAUUUUUUGCGCUGUUUUUGCGACCCGUAUGUGAAAAUUUCAACCACUGACAAAAUAUGUCCCACAAGAGUUAUUUUUGGAGGGGACUGUGUGACUUGUAGCGUGGUAUUUGUUUUCUGUAGAAUAAUUGUCAUUCCGAACACGUUACUUGCACGCGAGAGGCAAAUAACUAACUUCUGCAGACAUUCUUCUAUGUGCGAUGUAAAGGCGACUUCGUCAGGAAACACCACUUCACGAAUUGGAAACUCCCCCCCCCUCCCCCCCCUGCUCUUUGAAAAAAGGCGGGGGAAAUUGAACAGGCUACCAUCAGGUCUGGUAUGGAUGUACACUCCGUCUUUACUGUCCCUGGCGGCAAAUUUAAGAACCCUUGCGAAGAAAAUGGAGAAGAGCGUUGGUGUCAGUACGCAGACUUCUUUUACCGCUAUGCUGACUGAGAAUGCCCCAGAGACUGCGCUAUCGGAUAUCCUUACUUUCCUUAGCCUUAUAUCCAGACACAUUUCAUUUGUAAUUAUUUUUUUAUAUUCAGAGCAACAAUCAAAAUCUGCAGUUAUCCGAGUCCAGCCAGGAAAAGAAGUCAAAAUAAGAUGCAAUGGCAGAGUGUGUGGUGGUUCACUUCAAGGAGAUGUGGUGGAAAUAAGUAUGAAGAAGUGGACAGCAGCUAAGGGAACAAUGACCGUCCUUGCAACACUGAACGCCCAGAAUUUGACGGUAAGGCUGGACAGACAGGUAUAUCGACAGACAGACAGGCGGUUAGACAGAUAUGUAAGAGAAUAGACAAACAGACAGACAUAGAGACGGACAGAUAUAUCGAUAGACAUGUUAUAUGUAUAUAUAUAUAUAUAUAUAUAUAUAUAUAUAUAUAUAUAUAUAUAUAUAUAUAUAUAUAUAUUGAUAUAUAUAUAGAUAGAUCGAUGGAUAUAUAAACAUAUAGAUAGAUAAAUAGAUUAGAUCGAUAUAUAUAUAUAUAUAUAUACAUAGAUAGAUAGAGUAUAUAGAUAGAUAGAUCUAUGAUAUAUCGAUAAAUAGAUGGAUAGAUACAUAGAAAGUGGAUGGAUGAAUGUAUUGGUGGCCAUUUGGAUAGAUGGGUGAGUAGGUUGAUGGGAAUAUUGAUGUAUAAUUGGAUCGAUAACUGGAUUGAUGGAUUGGUGGAUGUGUGGAUGAUGGGUGGGUGGGUAGCUAGAUAUAGUCUUAUUCUACAUCUGUGUUUGAUCAGAUUCGUCCAAUUUUCAGUAAAAAUGUAUCCACAAAAAGUAAUAUGCUAUUUUAGUUAGUUGAUAUUGUGUCAAUAUUGGCGCAUAAUGCUGGACGUAUCACCGCCUCACCGUCUCAAUGAUGAAAAUCCACUUCCAACCUAAGAGACGACCUCAGGCCACCAAAGCACCGAAUCGCCACAACAUCAGUAAGCUGAAGAUCCCUGAUGUGAGACAAACCUUUGUUGAAAACCUGGAUGAACGCCUUGAUACCAUCACACUGGACAACCAGGACGCGGAAACAGCGUGGACCACACUUCGUGAGACGGCGUAUAACACAGCCGCUGAGCGCCUCGGACCCUCUACCAGGAAACACAGGGAAUGGUUUAAUGAAAACAACCCAGCGAUCCAAAUGCUAAUUAAGCAAAAACUUUGGGCGUACAAGGCCCUCCAUGAUGACCCAAUGUCAACAGCAAAUACAGCUGCACUAAGGAGAAUCCGCUGCACGGUGCAGUUGCAACUGCUCUAGAUGCAAGACUAAUGACUGAGUGUGAAAGCUGAUGAGAUUCAGGGCUUUGCAGACAAGAAAGACAUGGAAAACAUUUAAAGUGGCCUGAGAGAAAUCUAUGGAGUUACCACCUCAGGCUCUUCCCCUCUCCUUGGUGCAGACGGUUCUACACUCAUUACAGACAAGGACAAAAUCUUGGAAAGAUGAGCGGAACAAUUUGAUAGUGUGCUGAAUACGACUUCCAUCAUUAAUGAUGAGGCCAUUGAAAGACUGCCACAGGUCCCAACGAAAAAGUCAAUGGACUCAGUCCCAAUUUUGGUCGAGAUACAGACAGCAAUCCGCCAAAUAUAUGGCAAAUUACCUGGCUCCGACACGUUUCCUGUCGAAAUCUAAAAUUGUGUCUAUUCUAGAUCAUCUGGUCGACGGAAACUAUAUACCAAAAGACCCCAAAGAUGCCUGAAAUAUCCACCUGUACAAACACAAAAGUAACCGCCAGGCCUGCGAUAAGCACAGCAGAAUUUCAUUGCUGUCCAUCGCAGGCAACAUCUUUGCCCUAGCCCUUCUGAACCGCCUUAAUGCACAUCUGGAGCUAGGUUUCCUACCUGAAAGUCAAUGCGGUUUCCGCAAAGAACGCGUAACUAUCAUCGAUAUGGUGUUUGCUGCUAGGCAGCUUCAAGAGAAAUGUCAGGAGCAAAAUACGGACCUAUAUUUCACAUUUAUCGACCCGAAUAAGGCUUUUGACAGGGUCAUUUGAGGUGGCCUGUGGAAAAUUGAAAAGAAGCACGGAUGCCCAGACAAGUUCACCAAUGUCAUCUGUCAGCUGCAUGCCGGCCCGAGUAGAGCACAACGGUCAGUCAUCUCAAGCCUGUCCUGUCACAAACGGUGUAAAAGCAGGGCUGUGUCCUUGCUCCCACACUCUUCAGAAUUAGGUGUUCUGCAAUGCUGUCCGAUGCGUUCAAGGACUCCACCACGAGCUCACCGUAUCCCCCCCCCCCAACCAACCGAAUGACUCAAUGAUCCUAUUCGAUGUUGACGGACGAACAACAUAUUGUCAAUUGCUUAUUUUGUUUGGAAUCAAAUUUAAAAAAAAUCCCACUAAUAUAGAGAGCUAGGUAAUGUAGACUUGUAGUUUUAUUGACUGAUUGUUUACAAGGUUGGCUUGGUACAUUUUAUCUUUGUACUUUGAAUAUACAAAUAAAUCUAGAUUCCUAAUAUUGUACAACUGUGCUUUUCUUCUGUCAGGUCAACUUGUAUGAUCUGGAGAUUGCCGAGACAGUGAGCAAAGAUAUAAAUAUCACGGCCAGCGGAGAAGAACCGGCCACUCUCCAGAUGACCACGCGGAACGUGCAGAAUGACGAUGCAUACAUUUGCAUGGUGGUAUACGUGUACGAUAUGCUUGUUACAUACGCCCGCUGCACAACGAGGCUGCUAGUCACUGGUUGGUUGUUCUCUUUUAGCAUUGAUUGUCCCAGUUCUCUGAUGAUUUCCACAUGCAUUUCGUGAGCGCUGUGUUUAACCCUGUUUGUGCCAACUGCUUAAAUUGUAUCAGCGGCUUGAUAUCAUUUUUUUCUGAAAUAUGGAAUCAAAAUAAAUUAAAGUUACAAGAUGGACGGAAGCCAAUUAAUUUUCAGUUCUUCUCAGAAAGGAAAAACAUCCGAUUCUAAGAAAAGAAAAACAUAACAUUACAAAAAUUAUUCCGUGACAUUCCUCUGUCGUUUAUGGUUAUGCUUUUUAAAUUAAAACAAAUCUGAUUUUGGACAAAAAUAAUAUUAACAUUUACAACAAAAAAAGUAAUCUAGAAGAAAAGAUGUUUCCGAUGAGCCCAGGAAAUCGUUCAUAAUCAAAGAGAUUUUACGAAGUGCUUAAGAAAAUCAUAAUAUAAUAUUAUGCAUAUCUAGUUCCAGUGGACUUGUUGCAAACAGUAACCUUGUAAUAACUGCUUUACUGAGAUUGUGACAAAUUUGUACUUGAUAUCUCCCUGUAAUAAAGAUAUUUAUCAACUGUUUAGUCGUCUUUCAAAAGCAUAUGGAAUUUUGUGUUGGUCUAUAAAGAGAUUUCGAUAUCACUUUUUUUUUAAUUUUUAAAAUAGUUUUUUGGAGAGUAGAUCAUGUGAAUAUUACAGUAUUUAUAUGAAGUGCUUUUACUUCUACUAGGUAGUUUAUGAAAAAAUGGCUCGGAUUUGACUAAAAAGUAUUACAAAAAACAAACAUUUUUUUUCUUCUUUAUAUUUCACUAUUUUGAAAUGCACUUGUUAGAAUUUGGCAUAGCUCCCCUGGGGAAGACCUCCAUUAAGUAAGGGCGCUGUGACUGUUAAACGAUAGUGGGGGAACCUUUGCACUUCAAUAUUUCCUUGAGUAGUCAGAUUUAUUCUUAUUGGACACCGAACAAAACCACCCCCCCUCCCUUCAAUUUUUUGUACCUAUCUGCCGCGUCUGUUUACAAUUAAAAAAAAAAUAUUUUUACUUCAAAUCAUUUCCUUUCCGUUCUUCUUGACUUCAUUUUUGUCUGGGUUCUACGCCCACUGCUAUUCUUUUCUAAUUUCUAUGCAGGAUUCAUGUAUAGUUAUAUUAUGUACAUUUAAUUUUUACUUAUUUAAAUGUUUUGUUGUUGUACUGACUAAGGCAUUUGCCGAAACGUUCACUGGUGUAUUAUGUAUAAUUAUUAUUAACUCGGAACUAAUAUUGUUUUAUCGACAAUACGUACCAAAUUUUAAUAUAUGACCUUGUAUGUAAGACAUCCUCUUUUCAUGCCCUUUAAGUAUUGUGGUAGGCAAUUUUUUAAAAGGCCAAAUGCUAAAUUAGUUUUAACAUAUCAUUAUGUAUUUCCAAUAUCGCAUGCUUACUUGUAUAUUUCCGACCCUCCUGUAAGGACCCAAAGUUUUUCAGAGGCGAUAUUGGAGGUAAUUUAUUUCUUGUAUUCUCCCAUCCAGCGACGCCAGCGGUUCCCGUCUCAACAACGGACACCACAAGACGUAUCACUGCCCCUGGCCAUGGAGGUCCGCCUAAGAGGUCCCCAACUGAUGAACAGGAUACGACCGGGUCAGUGUCCGUGCUGAUGUUUGGCGUCGCCAUGAUGGCCAUACCCAUCCUGAUAAUAGUCGCCAACUUGAUACUCGGCAUCCUGAAGUAAAGAAAGCUCGGCUCACUCAUCAGACUACAAAGAUGGUUCCUGACAGUAGGUGUAAAUGAGUUCAACACAGGAACAAGUCUGGUGACAUUAAAUGACAGGUUUCUACUUGGCCAUGAUAGCAAGUCAAGUUUUUUUUCCCUAUGAAUGAGCAUCAAAACCUAUUUCCCUGGACACUUCACUUAAAUCAUCUAAUAUAGCGCAAGAGAUAAUUAAUUUGGCCUAUUAGAUCUAAAAUUUUAACAAAACAAUUUUUCUUUUGAAAAAAUGUAUAUAAGAAUGAGCCAUACUGACAUAACGCUAAAAGGCAGAAACUAUUUUGAUACGUUUGGAUUCUUAAAAACAAUCACAGUUAUUUUCUAGUAUUUUACGGAAAUCGAAAUAAUUUACAUGCUCAAAAAAUAUAAUUUAUUUGCUUUUAUUUUAGCAAAAGUUUAAGUAUUAUUAUUAUAAAUUACAAAUAGAUUUAAAGUAACAACAAAGGAACUGUUUUAAGCAGUUUAUCCGAAUGUAAAAGUUAUGAAAAAAAUUAUUAAUAAAAAAAUUGCCUCUUAAUCACAUUUAUCGGGAAAAGAAAACAAAAAAUAUUUCUAUUUAAAAAUUACUUUAAAAACCUAAUUAAAACACACAAACAUUUUCUUUGAGUGGCAUUGUAAUCGUAUCCGGAAAUUCGAUCAAAAUAAAUUUCGUCGAUGGUAAUUUGAUCGAACAGAAAUUUAGUCGAAUCGGUGAAAUAUAUUUACAGAUAGAUUGGUGAAAUACAUUUGCAGAUAGAUUGGUGAAAUACAUAUGUCUGUCAGUAGCAUUAAUUAAAAUUGAAAACAAUGUUGGUACAGUUUGUCUGUCAGUAGCAUUAAUUAACAUUGAAAACAAUCACACACAAAAUUUUAGGUUGGGAUUUGGGGAGGUGGAAGAGGAGGGAGGGGGCAAACACUUGGCGAGAGAGAGAGAGAGAGAGAGAGAGAGAGAGAGAGAGAGAGAGAAAGAGAGAGAUAGGGGGAUGUUUUGUUUUCGCUGGAUGUGACGAAUCAACCUAUUGUGUUUACCUGGCAAAAUCCCCGACCUCCAGACAGCUUAGCAUUAAAUAACAUUGAAAACAAGCACACACAAAAUGUUAGGGGGGGAGUUGGGGAGGUGGAAGAGGAGGGAGGGGGCAAACACUUGGCGAGAGAGAGGGAGAGAGAGAGAGAGAGAGAGAGAGAGAGAGAGAGAAAGAGAGAGUUAGGGGGAUGUUUUGUUUUCGCUGGAUGUGACGAAUCAACCUAUUGUGUUUACCUGGCAAAAUCCCCGACCUCCAGACAGCUUUUUUAGUUGAGAUUUUUUUAAAAAAAAUUAAGCAGAGGCGUAGCUAGAGUGUUUGGCGCCCGGGGACCAGAUAUAUUUUAAAGCGCAUUCCUAUCUUUUUUUCAACUCUCAACCCCAUCAAUAAAAUAAUAUCAAAACACAUUUUGACGCCCCUAACUAGUAUGGCACCCGGGGAAAUCUGCCCCCUGCCCCCCCCCCCCCUUAGCUACGCCUCUAAAAUUAAGUUGAUCAGAUUAAUUUUGAACACUGGCCUCAUAUCAUAAACUCUAUCACAUGGAUGCAGUUCUAACAAGUGGAGUGGAAACGGCACACUGGAGUCUUAUUAAAUUUGGAACUUGUCAAAUAGCAUACUGUUUGAUGCAGUAUCUAUCACAACCUCGCAUGGUGCCAAAAUUUAAAUGUCAAACACAAUAGUGGAACGAGGAGUGGUGAAUUAAAGGUGUGAUGUAGUGAAACAGUGAAGGAGUGAAGGGGUGUUGGAGUGAAAGAGUGAAGGCGUGAUGGAGUGAUGAAUUAAAGGUGUGAUGUAGUGAAGGAGUGAUGGAGUGAAAGAGUGAAGGAGUGAUGGAGUGAAAGAGUGAAGGAGUGAUGGGUCGAAGGAGUUUAGGAGCGAAGGAGGUUACAAAGGCAAGCCAGAGGGCUGUCGUUGCGGUCGUGACGUAAUAGGACACUUCAAACAUCAAUGGUGAAUCACACCAAAUACACACAACAGGAGCCAAAGAAACAGUCACAUGGCUCGUUCAUUUGAUAGAUACAAGUAGCGCUUUGAAUUAAAAAAAAAAAUUAAUUAUGGUAUGUUGUUGAACUUUAAACUCUGCAUCUUUUAUUGCUUUCUAAAUAAAUUUUGAAAUCCC